ACCACCGCCCGCGUCGCCGCGCCGGAGCCGAGGAGCCCCGGCCGUCGCCCCGCUGCGCCUUUCGCCGCUGGCUCCCGCGUGCUCGGACGCAUUCCAACAGCCUGUUAAAACAUGGUGGAUUACUAUGAAGUUCUAGGCGUGCAGAGACAUGCCUCGCCCGAGGAUAUUAAAAAGGCAUAUCGGAAACUGGCACUGAAGUGGCAUCCAGAUAAAAAUCCUGAGAAUAAAGAAGAAGCGGAGAGAAAAUUCAAACAAGUAGCUGAGGCGUAUGAGGUGUUAUCAGAUGCUAAAAAACGGGACAUCUAUGACAGAUAUGGCAAAGAAGGCUUAAACGGUGGCGGUGGCGGUGGAAGCCAUUUUGACAGUCCAUUUGAGUCUGGCUUCACAUUCCGAAACCCAGAUGAUGUCUUCAGGGAAUUUUUUGGUGGAAGGGACCCAUUGUCAUUCGACUUCUUCGAUGACCCAUUUGAGGAUUUCUUUGGGAAUCGAAGGGGCCCCCGCAGAAGCCGGAACCGAGGCACGGGAUCGUUUUUCUCGGCUUUCAGUGGAUUUCCCUCCCUUGGAGGGGGAUUUUCUUCUUUUGAUACAGGCUUCACUUCCUUCGGUUCGCUAGGUCACGGGGCCACUUCGUUCUCUUCCACGGCAUUUGGUGGCAGUGGGAUGGGCAACUACAAGUCUAUAUCGACUUCGACUAAAGGGGUUAAUGGCAGGAAAAUCACCACCAAGAGGAUUAUCGAGAACGGUCAAGAAAGAGUGGAGGUGGAAGAAGACGGCCAGUUAAAGUCCUUGACGAUAAAUGGUAAGGAGCAGCUGCUGCGCUUGGAUAACAAGUAGCUCACCGCACGCGCGUAGCAGAAUGUGAACUCGGGCACACGCCGUGUGAGGAUAACAGGAGCAUUUUUUUGAAGAUUUCAAACGAA